AUGAAUGAAUAUGAGGGUAAGUGCUCAGGCUGCAGCAUGUCUUUCAACAGAGUCAAUUAAUUCCCAUAUGUACUAGCAAACUGCAAUCAUCUAGUAUGUGGUGAGUGUGCUAAUAAAUUUAAAGAAAAAGGAAUGUGCAGUCUAUGCUUGAAUCAGCAAAUAAAACAGAGUAGUAAUAUUAUUCUGUAACAGAAUGCAAUCAUUGAAUAGCCAGUCCAUAACUAUCAGUCUCACAAAAACCAUCACGUUUAGCAAGCCAGGCUCAAUAGAUUCUAGACUUAACCUACUAAUCAUACAACUACUAGUAUUCAGAAUAAUGGAAAUAUAGGAACAGUUGACUUUACAAGUUAGAUGAUUCACUAAACUCCAUCGAAUAAUAAAGUUCUAUCAAGGCUUAGUAAAAGAUAAGACUCAACUUCAACAGUCAUUGGCCCUGUAAAUUUGAUGCAGUAAAAUAAUCAGCCAAGCAAUAAUACCACAGUUUAAAUGAACUAUCCCCAAUCAACAGAGGAGAUCCCAACCCCACCUGAGUAAAUUACUUCUGAAACUUCUUAUCUGUGUAUAAAGCAUCCUGACAAAUAUGUGGAGUAUUUCUGUCGUGACUGUCAUAUUACAGUCUGCAUCAGAUGCAUGUUUCAUGAGCAUAAUGGCCACUUUCUCUCAUAACUUGAGGAGGCUCAUACUUAUUUGAAGUAAACUAUCCAGGAUUUUGAGAAUCUUCUCAUGAUGACUAAGAAAAUCAACAAGCAGAACACCUAGCUGCUGAUUUAACUUAAAGAAGAAGUUGACAAGCUUAAGGAUACUCAGGUCUAGAACAUCAACAGAGCUUUCACUGAAAUUGUAAAGAGACUGGAAGCCAAGAGAGAUGCUGUAAAAAUGCAGUACAAUCAUUUAUAUGAAAGAGAACAGGGUAAGCUAGAAGAUAAACUAAGGCCGCUUUAAAAGUAUGAAGAGAAUUUGGUCAAGGUUGAAAGCAUUUACAAAGAUAUAAAGGGUAUAAUUCAAAGCAAGAACUAGAUUCAACUACUCUCAUAGAUGAAAGAUGUGAAUAGCUUGAAGAUUGACCCCUAUGGCAAUUUGCAUUCUGAUGAAAUUCGAGCUGCCCAAAACAAACCACCUCUGAACACAAAUAACUAUCAAAGCUAGCAAAGUCUUAAUGCGACAUAAAAUAAAUUUCAUCAGUUAAACACUCAAAAAGAAUACGAGAUGAACAAUGAACUAGGUCACAUAAAUCAGUCCCCAAAUAGAAACUAUUCAUCAACUCAUAAUCACGACCUUGCUUAAAACCUAAGGCAAGCCAAUUAAAUACUCAAUGAGGAAUUUAAAAACAAAGAGGGUCCAAGAGUGCAUUCAAUGGAUAGAAAUCAGUUGUCAUCAACAAUAAUUGAGGAUUCAAUGGACAUAAACCAGACACUAAACAUCCAUCCUCGCCCCUAAACAUAAUUUAUAAGACCUUACUUAGCAUAGAGGGAAAUAUCACCAGCUAAAAUAAAUAACCUCUCUGUAAUUCCACAGAAUAUAAGGAUACCUUCACCAUUAAUGAGUGCAAGAGCGAAUGAAUAUGAAGAAGUUAAAAGAGCGAAUUCUCAUAGAAGGCACCAGCAAGAAAGUAGUUCAUAACUUCCAGUUUAUAGAAAUUAUAGACCUCAUGUUAUUCACUGCUUUGGAGACUAUGAAAAGCUUUUAAGGUAUGAUUUUCAAAAGAACAUCUGGUCUGCAAUCUCUUACAAUCAUCAGUCAGCUUUUAAGGGAGAUUUCAAGUAUACUUCAUCUUGCCGUAUAGCUAAAACAUGUGAUAUCAUACUCUCUGGAGGAUGCUCAGUCAUGUCUCAAAAGGCGUCAAAUAAGGCAUUUAAAAUUAACACAGAGGAUGGCGCUUAUAAAUUCAUUAGAAUGUAGAAUCUGAUGGAAGCUAGAUAUGGGCACUCGCAGUUGUAUUUGAAUGGCUAUAUUUAUGCGAUAGGUGGGUUCAGUCACGAUGAUAAUCCAGGAGUGGCACCCAUCACCUUACAAAGUUGCGAGAAAUACACUCCAGCUGAUAAUACUUGGUCUUACUGUGCUGAACUGAUAAUGCCAAGAGCCUAUGCAGGGUGCUGUCCAUUUAACAAUGAGUCCAUUUAUAUUUUUGGAGGACUUAAUGGCUAUGAAACGACGAACACAAUCGAGCAAUACAACACAAUGCUUGAUAAAUGGUCGUUACUCUAUGUAAAGCUCCCUCUUAAGAUAGCUAAACUGGGAGCAGUUGCUUUAGAUCGAAAUUCAAUUCUGAUUGCUGGUGGGAUAUUUGGAGACACAGAAAUGUCAUAUCAAUAUGUAAAUAGUGUAUACCGUUUAGAUACGUCCACAACCUAAGCUAAAUGGGUUAAGCAGAAUAAAAUGAUUGGAAAGAGAACACUAUAUUCCACAUUGCCGAUGCUGCACACACCUAUAGGUCAAUAAAUUUAUGCUCUUGGUGGCACGAUUGGAGAUUAAUGUGAAGUUUUUGAGUUAAAGAACAAUAAAUGGAGUUCCAUUUCUAGCUACAAAGAUAUUCUGCCUUAGAAUGAUUUGCAAACUUUCUCACUAUGCUUUUGA